GUUUAAGUUGCAGUGUUUGUACCGCUGAACAGUUCUUAUCCGGCAUAGAUAUCCCACUUGUCUCAUUUUUGUUUCGGCUGAUUAUUUAUACUUAUUCAUGUAUGAUUGUUAAUUGAUGGGUGGAUAGGAGAACAGCCUGCAUAAAGAGGCGCUACUCGUUCUGCGAAAUACACGUUUUUCCAUAAAAAUCCGAGAAAAUGGGCUUUACUUCAGAUGAAACAGACUUGUUACGCCGCGUCGUACCCUCGCGAGAAGUUGAGUUUCAGGACCCUACCAGGUUCGACGCAUACAAUGCAUUCUUCUACGUGUUUUUACAUGGUACAGAGGAAGAACAAACUUAUGCCCUACGAAUGCUAUCGUCGGAACCGCUCGAACGUCAGAGCCAGGUUUGGUUUAUUGAUAACGGAUGUGUGUCGUGUUUGAUUCGGUAUGCGUCGCAAUCGAGGGUUUCGCCUGUGUCUCGUGAAUUGGCCUUGCGGCUGUUGAUGUCGGUAACCUUCGAGCUGAGUGUUGGCCUGCCGUACCCCACCGACCUUGGAAACAACCAUUUUCAACAGCUCGGCUCGAUACUGCGGAAGUAUCCAGCAAAUGCAUUUCACAUAUUAUGGAUUCUCUAUGAGCUGACCAAAUUUGAACUGGGCCGGAGGGGCGUUAUGGGUGCAGGUAUCCAUGACACCCUAGGGAAAAUUGUCUUGUCGCAGGUAAACAGCAGGAUAAUUGCCGCGGCAUUGUAUCUUCUCUGUGACCUGGCUGGCGAUGAGGCUUGUGUUGACACGCUAAUUAAGCUGAACGUGUUCAGAAUGUUUAGAGUAUCUCUUCAUCACUACCUGAGUCGGAACGUGUUCAACGCGGAUUUUUAUACGAUUAGUCAGGAUAGUAAGGAUAUAAGGUUCAUGUGGAGGUUUGUGACUUGUGAUGGAAAUCAGCGUAUGAAAUUCCAGGAUGUAGAUCUGGUCGCUGCCUAUUACCGGCUCAACAAAUCUUUACCGAUCGCAUGGAUCGAGGUAAAAAAACCGUGGUUUGAACUAAUCCUGACGCUGAUUCAACAUCCUACUGUCAUAGAGCGCGCAGCGCACCUAGGGCAGUACGUCUUCGUUUGUCUAAAGUCUGUUCUACUAUUAGCGACCGAUGGAAACGUGAUGCGACUUAUAGAAAUUGUGUCGAACCUCGUUCAAGCGCGGCACGAGGAAGCACUCAAAUGGAUUUUUAAUAAAGGCUUGAUUAAAAUCAUCUUACUGCGAUAUCCUUGGCGAAAAUUCACAGACUGUCCAUCGAAUACGCAGCAGAUUAUGGAGGAGGUGCUUCUGCUGAUUCUCAAAGUAUUCGAUACACUUCCACACACAAUAUACGCACAAUAUGAAUCACCAGAAAAACUAAGGCUUGAUUACGAGCUCGAUACCGUUUUCCAUAUUCAGUGGCCAAAUCGAAUAAAAGACAGUCUAACGAACAUCUGCACACAUCUGAAUCUAGUUAUCUCUGACUAGUCGCUGCCAAGCCUCAUGGCUGCAAAAACAGCUAUACUGUAAACAGUAACGGCACUAAAAAAAAAAAAACAUCGCUGUGUUUACCAGAUCAUUUUUUUGCAUCUCGAUGUAACGAAAACGUGACAAAAUCACAACUUUUUAAUGUCAGUUCUGCAUCGAUCAUGCGGAAUCGUGUAUAUCAGUAAACAUUUUUUUUUUUUAACAACAAUAUUACAAUUACACCUUAGCUUACUUACAAUGAAUAACAUCCUUCAAGAUACCGGCAGAAGCUGGGGUGGGUGGCGAACAAGCUAGUUUCUCGCCAUUAAGGAGAUUUCAUACUGAGGCAAGUUUAUUAAAUUCACGCUUACAUUUAAACGUUUGCAAGGAUGCUGUGUAAAGCAUUUGAAAACUAGCCAAUAAUUGCCGCUCAUAUUUGAAGUACGGCAUUUGUGAUUAGCGCCGUAAAACUCACCUGUCAUAAUUAACUUACAGUAUUAUAUUUCUGAAAGAUCCUGUUUUACUGUAUUACUAAAAAAAAUAAUUGUAUGGCCCACGCUUUUUAUUGCUAUUACAUUAAAGGCUA